GUGGGGGAGUAGAUGUGUAUAUAGCCCCUACCUCCAGUCAAGGCCGGAGUAGACGGGAAAGACUGCAGCACAGACCCGCAGCACUGUUCCUAGGCCAUAGUCUGCCAUCAUGAAGCUGCUCGCAAUGGUCGCCCUGCUGGUCACCAUCUGUAGCCUGGAAGGAGCUUUGGUUCGGAGACAGGCUGAGGAUCGGGAUGUGCAGAGCCUGUUCACUCAGUAUAUUCAGAGCAUGACUGACUACGGCAAGGAUUUGGUGGAGAAGGCCAAGACCUCGGAGAUUCAGAGCCAGGCCAAGGCAUACUUUGAGAAGACACAAGAGCAGCUGACACCAAUUGUCAAGUCUGCUGGAGCUAGUCUGAUGAGCUUCUUAAGCAGUUUAAUGACCCUCGAGGAGAAACCAGCUCCUGCAGCUAAGUGAGCUGUGUCAGGACCAGUCUUCCCACCCCAGCUGCUCCACUGGCCACCGCUAGAGCCCCUCUCCCCACCUUCUGCCUGCUUUCUCCAAUAAAUGCAGAAGGAGUUAAACUUUG